GCAGCACCGUCCCGUCCCUCCCGGUAACAGCGGAGGGACCCAUCCGCAUCUCGGGGGUCCCGGUCCCGCCCCACCACGACCCCCAUGAUCGGCAGCGAGCGGGUCAUGGAACCCGGGCCCCCCCUUGUGCCCCACUGCACCCCGGAGCCUCGGCCCGACCGUGAGCGGGUCCCCGCUGCUCUCUGUGCUCGGAGCGCUGCUGGGGCUCGUGUGCCACUGUUCCGGCUACUGCUGCUUCAGGGCCGUCCUGGGACUGUUCUUCAGCUCCCCUGUCAUCCUCAUGCUGUGCUAUGGGCAGCGGCUGCUGGGUACGCAGGUGGGGCAGACAGCGAGUUUUGGUAUUGUGCUCCCCAUAGGGCUCUUCACCACCUGGCUGCUGCUGGCCGCAGCCACGCUGGCCAUGGCCGCGCCAGUGCUGCUGCUGAGUCCCUGGGUGCCGCUGAGCACGGUGCUGGUGCUCCUCUGCACACUCCAGGUGCUGUGCUGGACCAAGGGGGUGAUCGUGGGGGCCACCACGGUACUGGGAGCCGCCGCCGUCCUGGUGGGCGCCGAGUACUUGGCGGAGGUGCUGGUGCUGUUCGUGUGCGAGCAGCUGCAGCGAGUGCCAGAGCCGGUGUGGUGCUGGCUGGGCUGGGCUCUGCUGCAAGCCUGGGCCCUGCUCAGCUUCCUUGCAGAGCUGCUCUAGUAGAGGGUCACGGCCCGUGGCUGUGCAUACAGCUCUGGACCUACCCAAAUACUGCCAUGGGACCAACCCUUCCAAUUCCCUCAAAGCCUCAACCAUAUGGUGGGGGGUCUUACCCUGCCACGGGGCUCCCAAAGGACAACCCCAUGGACCAGGAGGUGCCGACGCUGGGGCUCUGCUGGGUUUAUUGUCACCAGGGUUUGAAACAAGGCCAGGACAAAGCCAUGACAUGGAACACGAGGGGCUGGGCAGGGAGGGGGCCACACGAUGAGAACCCCCCAGUAAAAUAAAACGGCAAAUAAAAAAGAAGAGGGAUAAACGGAGAAGCGUCCAAGCACUGUGGUGUUCCCAAAGGUGGGAACAACUGUUCCAA